AUGGGUUGUUGUGUAUCUGCUGAACGGGAGCUUCCGUCGCAUCGCGACUACGAGGAACAGAGGAAACGUCGGCAAUCGUUCGUUACUACUAAUUUUGUGCAGCUGAACUAAUUCGAAUUUUGAUAAAACACCGAUUUUUGUCGAUUUUUUAAUUAUUCUGACUCCAAUCUACUGCAUGGAAAACGGAAACUCCCAAAUUUUUCAACAUUUUCUUCUCAGACAAUAAGUUCCUCGAAGAUAACUCCAAUUGGAAACGUGCAAAGAUUCGAAAUUUUGAGAUUCUUGAAAAAAUCGCCGCUGAAAAAGAAGCAUUUUUGACCUAUUUAAGGUCGAUGGGAGUUGGAAUGGGCGUCGCAAUGAUGAUGCAACAAGCUGGAGCUCUGGUCGGAGCUCCCACACCAGCCGUCGACCUUUCCGCCAUUCAAAAUCAAAUUCGUCGGGCCAAGGUUUCUAUUUUCCCGGAUAAAAAAACGCUGUUUAUGAAGACCACAUUCCUGUUUUGUUUUUCCUGAUGAUUGCACUCUCAGAAAGGAUGUAAUUGACCAGAAGAAAAUCCUACUUUUUUUGUUUAUACACAGCAGUCUGAGCAGUUUUCUCGUUGUUAUUUAGGAAGUUUUUGAGGAUAAAAAUCGGCGAGAGUGAGGUGAAUUUUUCUUCUGACCAACCAAAUGCGUAAAACGGAUUUUUACUAGAAAAAUCAUCCAAAUGACGAUUAUCGAUUUUUAUGUUCGCAGUUUUUAUUUUCUUAUUCAAUAUACUAGAAUGAUCCGAUCCGAGGGUUUUCCACACCAGAAAACAAAAUUUUUUUGCUGACUAGGAGCUUUCAAGCUUUUGAAGCGUUCUAACUUAAAAACCAGAUGACCUGCAAGAAAUUUUUUGCUUGUUUUGCAAUCAGAAAUCUUGAAGUACAGUACCGCCGGGGUUGAGGGGGGCAGAAGAAGACGAAAAAAACGUUCUCUAGUGAGUUAUGUAAUAAGUCGAGUCAUUCUCCAUGCGGCCCAAAGUUUCAAGAUACUUACUUAUGAAAAAAAAAAUCAAAAUUUGGUUGAUUUCAGGCUGAAGGACGUACCGUAACCCUAGUGAACGGCGCAUUGUAUUUCGACUAUCAAAUGGUGGCCCACAUCCCUCCUAAUCAUGAUAUCCGUGUCUGA